UCGGCGCCUCCCGCCUAGAAUGGGUCCCGGAUUCUUAUCGUCCAUGAUCCAGUCCAAAAAAGUCGUGAUGGAACUUGAACUUUUUGCCUCUUGUCUCUCAGGGCUUUUAUACAAUAUCGCCAUUACUGUUCCCCUUUCGCAAUCUUCUCACACAAUCGAACUAAGACAUCACGUAGGGCGUAUCUCCUCACAUCUCUUGACGUCUCUUGAUAUCUCUUAUCAGACCCUGAUUCAUCGUCGUCAUCAUGGGCUGGUUUUGGGCCAACACUCCGACUCCUACAGCCCCUCCGUCCCAUCGCGCCUUUGCACGCAACGGUGCAACACCACCGCCAGGAUGUCCUAUGCACAAACACCAGAAAAGCGCUGAUGCCAUGGCUCCUCUGCCAUCAGCGUGCCCAGUAAAGCAUGAUGCUGGACCUCCGUCGGCAUGCCCCGUACCACACGCAUCCCAGACAGCUACCCCCGAGCCUGACUCUCAGUCUACCAUGUCCAAGCUGAAUCCGCUGAACUACAUGUUCAAGAACCUGUCACAGGAACGAGCUCCCAGUCAGACACACAUGUUACCUCUAGAGCGCGAACCCUCGACAAUACCUAGAGGAGACGGGGAAGGCAACUGGGAAUACCCUUCGCCACAGCAGAUGUACAAUGCAUUACUGCGCAAGGGUUACACCGAUACAGAUGUCACCGCUGUCGAAAGUAUGGUUGGCGUACACAACUUCCUGAACGAGGGCGCUUGGGGGGAGAUUAUGGAAUGGGAGAAACGCUUCGCCGGCGGACUCUACAAAGGCUGGCGCAAAUGCAGCCGGGGCGAGCAGAACUUUGAAGAGAACGUGAUAAAGUACGGCUAUGAGAAGGAGGUAGAGGAGCUGCAACCCAGUCUAGUGCGCUUCCAGGGCAGACCGAAGGAGAUGACGCCCAAGGCCGCCAUGAUUCAAGUCAUGGCUUGGAUAUAUCCCUCCAAGUUCCAGACGGAACCUCCCUUCGAUCGACAUGACUGGUACGUCUCACGUGACGUGAACGGAGAGAGAAAGGAGGUUCGCUAUAUCAUUGACUACUAUUCCGGAGAGCCCGAGCCCACAGGAGAGCCAGUCUUCUACCUCGAUGUGCGCCCUGCCCUUACGCCCACUACUGCUGUUGAGCGAACCUUACGUUGGGGCUGUGAUGUUUGGUGGAGAGCAUCAGGGGGCGACGCUCGCGAAAUGGCAAGGCAACAAGACAGCUCGAAGAAGCAAUGAUUUACCCUUUUUUUCAAAAUGUCUUAAAAAAUAACUUAUUUGCAGCGGUCUGGCGUUUUAUUGGGAUUAUCUGGGUAUGUACAACAUGGGAGGUUUUGGUGUAUCUUUACCGAGGCCGGAGUUACCUCGUGACGCAUCACGACUCUUAUAUGACCUUUAUCAACUAUAUCCAUGUAAUUCUGUAUAGUAACGCGCACUGGUGCCCCGCCUCAGUUCAAGGACGAGGGGUCGAAGAUUCCGUCACAUUCCUCUACACUCAGAACAUCAUUGAGGCACCCCUGCAAUGUGUAUAGAAAAAGUAGCGCGAAAUAAACUAACUAUGUAUAAACCGGGUAAAAGAGGGUAUCCGCCUGACAAGCUGGCGUAUGAAUUCCCCGGAUUUGCUGAAUCCAAGCGAUUGGAUAUUAAUCCCAUAUCGACGUGACGUUCUUGGUGGGGGGUGGUCAGCCGAUCGGCUUUUCCAAGGGAUGCAGGGCCGUGCCACAAUCGGAAA